GCAGUGACAGAGUCUAACAGAUGGAGGAGAGAGAGAGAAAUGGCGAAAAAUAAAACGAAAGAAGAAUAGUGGUGUGGAAGAAGAGGUGUCUCGUGAAGCAAGAAGCAAAGCCAAAGCCAAGAAAGAAAGAAAGAAAGAAAAAGAAAGAAAACCCAAGUAACCAAGUUCGUUCCUUUUCUUCAAUUCCAUCUUCUCUCAUCCAUCCAUCCAUAAACACAACCACAUUCCUUCUUUGUUUCUUCCUUUUCUUCAAUCAAGAGAUCCCCUUCUCCAUCGAUUCAAUACAUGCGUACAAGAAUUCGAUUCCCCUUUUAAUUUCUUCAAUAACAAUGUCGCAUUCAGGAAAACCCACAAAGGGUCUAGGGUUAGAUGAAAUCUCUGACAAAUUACGCGAUUCCUUCAUCUCCGAUAAAGACGAUAGCAAACCCAACAACCUCCGACAACCCAAUCAUGGUUCGCCGGUGUCUCCGUUGCUCAACCGUCAGAGCACUACCGACGCGACAACAACAAGCAGCAGCAGUUCGAGUUCGUCCGGAUCGGUUUCAGGACGAAAUGCACCUCCGAAUAGAUCAUCCAACCAAUCCGCCGGCGGCGGCGGCAUAUCUGGCUCUGCUGGAAGCUCCCCAGUAUCUGGAAACGCUGGCUCUGCUGGAAGCUCACCGGUGUCCGGUCACGCUGGCUCGUUUCGUGGACGACGAACCGGCGGCAAUGUAAGAUCGCAAUCAGCAAACUCUUUCAAUUUCCGUGGUGGUAGCACCGCUACUUCUCCUCCACUCAAUGCCCUUCCGACCGGUAACAUCUGUCCAUCGGGAAUCACGAAAACGGGAAUGGCGAGUAAAAAUACCAAGUCUGAUGUAUUGGGUUCUGGAACAGUCAAUUACGGCCACGGAAGUAUAAUACGGGGAAGGCCCGCCGCGAAAAAGGUAGACGGAACCACCAAUAAACUGUCUUAUCCCGGCGGUGAUUCUACAAAACCUCUUACGCCUUAUUCUAACGCCGAUGAGCUUAAACGAGAAGGGAAUGCACAGUUCAGAAGUGGUCAUUUAACAGAUGCAUUGAGUUCUUACGACAGAGGAAUUUCAUUAGCGCCUAGAAAUCCAACUUUCAGAUUUAACAAAGGUGUUGCAUUGACGGGUCUCAAUCGUCUGGCUGAAGCCGUGAAGGAAUUUGAAGAAUCCAUCAAAUUGGAUCCUGAUUAUGCCAAAGCCCAUUAUCGAUUAGGAUCUAUCCUUCUACGGCUAGGACAUGUUGAAAGUGCAAGAAGGCACCUUACAUUUCCAGGGCAAGAACGAGAUGUGAAUGAGAUUAGAAAAUUACAAUCAAUAGAGAUGCAUUUGAACAAAUGCAGAGAUGCUCGUAAGGUUAAGGAUUGGAAUGGGGCCUCUAACGAAAGCGAUGCUGCCAUUGCUUCCGGGGCAGAUGCUUGUAUUCAGCUAGAAGCAUGCAAAGCAGAAGCCUCUCUAAAGCUUCAACAUCUAAACUAUGCAAACACAUGGUUACCCUGUAUUCCAGAUUUCGAUUACUCGACAGAUUCUUGUUCCCAAUCCAAAUUCUUCGGUAUGUUUGCUGAAGCAUAUCUCUAUUUCGUCCGAGCCCAGAUUGAAAUGGCACUGGGGAGGUUUGAGAACGCAGUGACAGCAGCUGAGAAAGCGGCGGAGAUUGAUCCUGAAAAUGGGGAGGUUUCGUUUCUGGCAACGAGUAUAAGGGCGGUUUCUGGAGCACGUACGCGUGGGAAUAGUCUUUUCAAAUUGGAAAGGUUUGUGGAGGCAAGCGCUGCUUAUGGAGAAGGAAUUGGGAUCGAGCCUAACAAUUCUGUUCUGUAUAGUAAUCGGGCAGCUUGUUGGUUUAAGCUUGGGAUGUGGGAACGAUCUCUUGAUGAUUGUAAUCGAGCGCUUUCUAUACAACCGAAUUACACUAAAGCCCUUCUCAGAAGAGCUUCUUCCUACUGCAAGCUUGAACGAUGGGCGGAAGCUGUCAAAGAUUAUGAAAUUCUGCACGAGGAAUUCCAGAAUGAUAGUGAAGUAACAGAGUCGUUAUUCACUGCCCAAUUCGAGUUGAGGAAAUCCCUAGGAAAAGGAGGAGAAGACGAGGAGGAAGAUAGGGUUAAGGUUGUGUCCAGUCUUGAGCAGUUCAUGGAUGUUAUAACUUUAAAGUCCUCUUCUUCACCAGCUGGCGUUUCACUUGUUUAUUUUACGAAACAAUCGAACCAAAACUGCCAGGAGAUAUCUUUGUACUUUCACACACUUUCUGAGCGAUACCCUUCAGUAAAAUUUGUCAAGGUGGACGUCGAAGAAACACCAGAAGUAGCCACUGCAGAGAAUGUGAGGAUAGUCCCGGCGAUCAACAUUUACAAAAAUGGAUGCAGGAUGAAGGAAACAAUAAGCCCUAGUCCGGAGUUAUUGGAGUCUUGGUUAUUGCAUUACACUUAGCAGCAACCAAGCAUUAGUUCCUUACCAGUUACAUGAAUAGUUUUGGUCUAUGUACUUUCAGGUAAAAAGAGAGAACCCUUUCGGUCUCAUCUCAUUUUAUUCAUUCAUUCCUAAUUGACCCGAUUUCUUCGCCCCCACUUGUUAGUUUCCCCUUUCGAAAGUUCUCCGGUCUAGUCGAGAUAGAGGAUCAGGAAUAUAAGAGGUUCAGUCGGGUCUUGUAAGCAAUUCAGAAUAAAUUUUUGUUUACAUAUAUCAUCAUCAAUAUCAAAUUUCAUUUCUAG